AUGAACGGAUUUGAGAACCGGAUAUACCUGGCGCAGAUCGGCCAGGUCACCCUGUCGGAUUGCCUGGCCUGCAGCGGCUGCGUGACCAGCGCCGAGACGGUGCUCUUGCAAGAGCAAAGUGGUGACGAGUUCCUGAAGCGCGCCGAGACUUCGCCUCUGACGGUCGUCUCGAUCUCUGCAGAGGCGCGCACCUCCAUCGCCGUCCACAACCGCGAGGACCCUCUUCUGACCCUGCGCAGGGCCGCGGAGGGCUUGCGGCGCCUGGGCGCCGACCUCGUGCUUGAGGCCUCGGCUGCCGAGGCCGUGGCCCUCCUGGAAGGCCAAGCCGAGUUCCUGCAGCGCUUCCGCAGCGCUGUUGGCGGCAGCACCGGCAGCCGCAAUGGCUCUGGCCGUCCACCGGGUGGCAAGGCCGCAGCGGGCAAGCUGCCGCUGUUGACGUCCCACUGCCCAGGCUGGACGCUGUAUGCCGAGAAGGUGGUUGAUCCCAUGGUUCUGCCACAUUUGACACCCAUCCGACCGCCACAGCAUGUGCAGGGGCGGCUGGUGAAGACGGCCCUCCUGGGAGCCGUGAACCUGCGACGCUUCUACCGCUGGUGGCGGGCGGGGAGCCCCCUCUUCGCCCACAGCAGCUACUGGAUCCAGUCGCUUCUGAAGGUAGAGGAGCCCCCUGCUCCCCUACAGCCCUCCGAUGUGUAUCACGUUUUUGUACAGCCUUGCUACGACAGAAAGAUCGAAGCAGCACGACCCUCCUUCGAAGUGCCGGGUGCCUCGGGCGUCAAGGAGGUGGACACCGUGCUGACUGCCUCGGAGCUGCUGUCGCUGCUCCGGAACGCCGGUGACGGCUGCUGCGGCUCCUGCGGCGUCCACGCUUGCGAGAAGACGGAGCUGUCGAAGAUUCCUCCCUGCCCGUUGGGAAGUGAGGUUCUCACCGAUGUCUUCCUCGGAAGCCUGCAGGCGCGACCGUCGCCACUGAUCUGCGCGGUGCGCGGCAAUGCAGGGUCGGGUGGCUUCCUGGAGCAUGUCUUCCGCGAGGCCGCCCGAGAGCUGUUUCACCUGGACCUGCCUUCGGCCCCUCUGGCUCUGCAGACAAAGCAGAACGAGGACAUGCGGGAGGCCACUCUUGAGCGCUGUGCUCUGAAGGGGCAACCUGACAUCUCCUGGUGCCCAUGGCCGAGGGAGCAAAGGGAUCGCCUUGCAAAGGGCGGCUCGCUUUGCAAGACUGUGCUGGCCGCGCUGGCUCUGGGAGCAGCAUGCGUGCUCCAGGGCUGUGAGGAUCUGUACCGAAACACCUGCGUUUGGCACAGCGACCUCAACAUCAAGGGCUGCAGCUACUAUGGGUAUCGUGGGUGCGUCCAGCAUUGCACCUACUGCAUCACCCCGAACGGGCCGGAUGAGUGCGCGCAGCUGAAGUGUGCCGCACUCUGCGCCAACCGCGAGGGGGGGGACUGCAUCAGGAACUACGCCGCUUUGUGCAACAUAGCCCUGGAGGAGGGCUUCAAGGCCAACACCUCGAGUGGUGCCGAGUACUACACCUGCGACGUGCAGUGUAGCAGCGCCAGAGCCGCGAGUGUCGCGCUGCCCCUGGCCCUGACCCUCGCCGCCAGCUCCGGACUCCCGAAGCGGUUCCUUCUCCUUGGAGGAGUCCUGGCCUGGAUGACCACUCUCCAGGGCUGCGGCUGCCAGCCUCCACAACCGCAGCUGUCUUGGCGCCCGGACAGCAGCGAAUUCGAUCAGAGGACGGGGCGCGUCGUGGACGGCAUCUGGCGAGGCAACCCGACCUGGGUCUGGUGGCCCGACUUGGAGUCCGAGGACUAUCAAUGCGUGUCCAUGCACCCAACCAGCGAUAUAUGUGUCUCGUGGACGUCGCACGAGUGGAACUGCGGAGAGCAUGACUUUGGAAUGUGCAAGUGCUAUCAGCUCGCGGCGAACAACCAGUACUGCGAGAAGUGGAGCUGCCACAGCCUGGAAGCCGAUCAGCACAUCUGCCACCAUUCAACCAACGAUGAUGGGCAAAGUAAGGAGGAGUGCUACUAUGCCCCUUUCCCAAUGAACUACGACGUCUACAACCAGCUCAUGGAGCAGCAAGCGGGUGGAGCGCUCACAACCGGGGAGAAUGCCCUUCAACAUUGGUGGCGGCCCACGAGUCUCUGGAGUGCCGACAUCGGUCGGCGGCUGGGUGAGGGGGAGCUGCCUGAGCAUGACGAGGACCACCUUCGGGAGUAUGUGGGUUACCUGCGCCAGCACAACGCCAGUGAGGUGGAACGGCUGGAGAGGCUUGGCAUCGUCACAGAGCCAAGAAAGCUCGCAGGCACCAUCGACUGGCCUCCGGUCUUUGCGUACAGUCCCGUAUCAAGGCACGUCUACUUCUGGUGGGGCGACGUCUGCAUCGUUAACGGCGACAAUGCACAGUUGGCAAAGAGGCAGUGCCCCAGAUGGCGGGAGAUUGAAACCGAGAUCCAGAUGUGCGAGUGCCGCCAAGAGGCUCCUGGCGGAAAGGCUUGCGCUCGGUGGGUGUGCGAAGACCGAGAUGUGGGCCUGUUCAGCGUGCUCUUUCGCACCACGCAGUCCAUCGACCAGUACACCGAGGGCGUCGAGUUCGAAAGCUACGCAUGCACCAGGUAUAACAUCAAUGACGAGUGCACGGCGUGGCAAGGCGACAUCGCUUCCUUGGAGGAGGUCGAAUGGAGCAGCUGCGAGGCAUCGGACUCCAGCCUAAACAGGUUGGGCGCCGUUUGGAUCUGCGACGAGUGGGAGCUGCCGAAGACGCGCGACAUCUUCCACGAGAGCAACCUCGGCAUCCUCGGCACCUUCGUCUUCCUCGAGGUCAUGAUUGUCUGCUGUUUGGUCAAGAGCUUUGACGAAGACGGCGACGCUCUCUUCGUCACGACGGCCCUCUCGUGGGCUGUCGGGCUGUGUUUGCUGCCUUUCUUGGUCAUCACGCUGGGCUUUUAUGGCUUUCUCUUUGCAGGUGGGCUUUUCUGGGCGGGACGCUGUUGCUGCUGCGGAGUGCUGUGCUGCAUGAACCUCAAGAUGCCCGAGUUCGAGCGGCCAAGCAACAAAGUCCGCAUGCAGCGUGGCGCUUCCAAGAUCUUGGGCAGGCAGAAUUCGUCUGUCAUGCCGCAAGCGAAAACGGUUGAUGAGACCAACAAUGAGACCAACGAGACCAACCAGACCAACGAGCAGGGUAACCCUUGA